CUCGGGGCUGCUCCUGCCCAGGGCACCGGGAUGCUGCUGGCCCUGGGGCUGCUCUGGGCCGCCCUGGCCCCGGCGCGGAGCCUCCCCCUGCGGCAGCAGCACAGCAAACUGCUGCUCGUGUCCUUCGACGGCUUCCGCUGGGACUACGACCGCGACGUGGACACCCCCAACCUGGACACCAUGGCUGCAGAGGGCGUGAAGGCCAAGUACAUGACUCCUGCCUUCGUCACCCUCACCAGCCCCUGCCACUUCACGCUGCUGACCGGGCGGUACCUGGAGAACCACGGGGUGAUCCACAACAUGUGGUUCGACACCAACACAGGUGUGAAACUGCCCUACUACACCACCCAGGGCAUCAGCAGCUGGUGGGACAACGGCAGCCUGCCCAUCUGGAUCACUGCCCAGAGACAGGGUUUGAAGACAGGCUCUAUCCACUUCCCUGGAACCAAAGCAAAAUACCAAGAAGAAGAAGUGUACAAGAAGCUGGUGGAACCCCCACUGUUCAACUACAGCAAUGAAACCAACUGGAGGCAGAGCAUUGACACGGUCAUGGAGUGGUUCACAGCGGAGAACCUCGACUUCAUCACGCUCUACUUCGGGGAGCCAGACUCCUCAGGACACAAGUUUGGCCCUGAGUCCACACAGAGGAAGAACAUGGUCAAGCAGGUGGACAGGACCGUGGGGUACCUGCGGCAGCGCAUCCGGGAGAGCGGCCUGGAGCCAAAGCUCAACCUCAUCGUCACGUCCGACCACGGCAUGGAGACCGUGCUGAAAACCGACGAGAUCCACCUCCGCACCGUCAGCAACUUCUCCUUCCAGGACCUCGACUUUGAACUGCUAGACUAUGGACCAAAUGGACUCCUGGUGCCAAAAGAAGGGAAACUGGAGCACGUGUACUCAGUCCUGAAAAACGCCCACCCAAAGCUGCACGUGCACAAGAAAGAAGAGUUCCCAAAGAGAUUCCACUACGCCAACCACUCCCGGAUCACCCCGCUCCUGCUGUACAGCGACCCAGGCUACGUCAUCCACGGGAGGUACAAGGUGCAGUUCAACAAAGGGGAGCACGGCUUCGACAACCAGGCCAUGAGCAUGAAAACCAUUUUCCGUGCCGUGGGACCGGCCUUCAAGAGGGGGCUGGUGGUGGAGCCCUUCGAGAGCGUCAACGUCUACGCGCUGCUGUGCGAGCUGCUGGGCAUCGCCCCCGAGCCCCACGACGGCUCCCUGGAGGUCACCAAGCCCAUGCUGCGGGACCCGACCGACCCGACCGAGCCGACCGAACCGGCUAGAACAACUGGACCAAUUAAAACAACUAGACCGAUUAAACCGACUGAACCGAUUGAAACGACAACCCCUGGGGACAAUGGUACGGGCUCUCUCCAUCCCUCCACCAAGUUGCCGCUGAUGCUCGGACUGGCGCUGGCUCUGGGAUGCUGGAGAGGAGUUUUCUAACCCCCACCAGUGCGAAUUUGUCCAGAGAACAACCAGAACGAGCAGCUCCUGAUCCAAUCCCCCGGCACCUCCAGCCGAUUCCUCCAGGCUGCAGAGACCUGAACCGAGCACCAGCAGCGCCGGGCUCUCCUGUCCUGGCAGCCCCCAAGCUCCAGAAACUCUACCAGAACACGGGGCAAGGUGGGGAAGGACGUGGCUCACAAAGACAGCCAGAGCCAGGCUCAGGGAAUUGGACAAAAUUCCCAAAACCUCUCUAAAUUACUGAGGCACGCUCCUCCAGCAUGGCUGAGUCCCUGGAGGGGGAGAUGCCUGUCCCAAGCUUUGGGGUGACACCGGGAUGCACUGCUGUGGAAGGUGGCACUGACAUGCCCACCCCCUGUUUGCAUCACCCAAAUGUGGGAGGCAGAACAGCUCCAGAGAGGGCUUGGAGCAGAGACAGCUGAUACAUAUUGAGUGUCUGAGUUAAUUAAAAUCAAUCAUCGUUCCGAA